AUGCAGACAGAAGAUUUAGUAGAUGAGGGCAUUCUCGAACACAAAGUUUGCCUGGAUAUGGAAAGAGAGCUGGAGCUGGUAAACUUGAAGGAAAAGUACAUACUGGAGGAAAUAAAGUCUCUGAAAAAAGAAUUUAUGCGAUCCCAGCAGGCAAUAGAGAGGGUGAAGAGUGUGCCGUUGAUUAUGGGGCACUUCCUGGAAUCGAUUGACUCAGAAACUGCGAUUAUAGGAAGCACUGCAGGGACCAACUCCAUUGUAAAAGUGCUUUCCACGGUGAACAGGGAGCUUUUGAAGCCAAACACCAGCGUGGCCUUGCACAGGCACUCCAGCGCGCUCGUGGACGUGCUUCCCCCGGAGGCAGACAACACCUUCUCCGUGCUGGGCGAGGAAGGCCGGCCGAACGUAACGUACGCGGACAUCGGAGGGCUGGACAGCCAGAAGCAGGAAAUUCGGGAGGCGAUCGAGCUGCCCUUGACAGACCUGGCGCUGUAUCAGCAGAUAGGGAUAGAGCCGCCCCGAGGGGUUCUCCUGUACGGCCCCCCGGGAACUGGGAAAACCAUGCUUGUAAAGGCCGUGGCAAACCACACAAAAGCCACUUUUAUUCGCGUGAACGGGUCAGAGUUUGUACAGAAGUAUUUGGGAGAAGGCCCUCGGAUGGUCAGGGAUAUUUUCCGGCUGGCCAUAGAGAAGGCGCCCUCCAUUGUGUUUAUUGACGAGGUGGACUCUAUAGCGACAACGCGGUUCGACUCUGCUACAAGCGCGGAUAAGGAGGUGCAGAGAGUGCUUAUAGAGCUCCUGAACCAAAUGGACGGGUUCGACCAAACCACAAAUGUAAAGGUCAUUAUGGCAACAAACAGGGCAGACACGAUAGACCCUGCCCUUAUGAGGCCAGGCCGUUUGGACAGAAAAAUCGAGUUCCCCGUACCGGACAGAAGGCAGAAGAGAAUGAUUUUCACAACAAUAACAAAUAAAAUGAGUCUGUCCCCAGAGGUCGAUCUGGAGGACCUGGUAGUUCGCUCGGACAAGCUGUCUGCUGCAGAUAUCAACUCUAUUUGCCAGGAGGCGGGUAUGCUGGCUGUUCGCAAUGGAAGGUAUGUUGUUGCGCAGGCUGAUUUCGAGGCAGCGUAUGCACGAAUAGUUGAGAAAAAAAACUCGGAGCACGGCUUUUACUACUAA